AGUCGGUGAACCCUACUCAGUAACCACCAAAACUUGAAAAAAUUCCCCAAACCGAAACUACAAAUUGAAGCGCGCGAAAAUGGCUGGCAUGAUUCGAACAGCGCAAACAAUAAUUCUCUCUGCUUCUCCGAAAAGCUUGAUGCACGGCGGUUUCCGACCACCGGCCGUCGCCUCGUUAGUUCACUCCAGACCCUUAUGCUACUGAAGUUAUUUCCAAAUCGCCUCUCGAAGCUAACAUUCUCAGAAUCCUCCGGAACGAAAUCCAGUACCAAUUGGAGUAUGCUCCUCCGCAUCAGCCGGCUACCAAGCUCAACACGUUUACUGCACAAAAUCAGUCGGGAGAGCAGUAUACAACAAUGAAGGGGAAAUAUGGAGACAAUGAAGGUAUUAAAAUUGACGUUACUAUGUUUGACGGUUGAGCGUUUGUUCCUAAACCUGGAGAAGAUGACACCGGGGAAGAUGUGCAUCUCCACAUUAGCUUGUUGGUUGAUAUUUCCAAGGGACAGGAUCACGAUGAAUUGGAGUUUUGGUGCUCAGCAUGGCCUAACUCUUUGGAAAUUUAGAAAGUUUACUUGCUCAGGCGUGAAAAGAUGAUAGCUGGACCUUACAUGGGACGUGAUUUCAGUUUCAGGGUCGGUGGUGAAUUUGGUUGGAUGUAUAUGUUUGUUGUCUUCAGGAAUUUGAACAUGAAGCUUCAGAAGACACUUCGUGAAUACUUAGAAGCAAGGGGGGUAAACAAUGAGCUCUCUGUUUUCUUACAUGAGUAUAUGACGAACAGUGAUAGAAUUGAAUUUAUCAAUUGGUUGAGUACUGUCAAAUCCUGUGUGGAAAAAUAGUUGAUGACUUGAUGUAUAUAUUUUUUAACUUAGGAUUUUGUUAAUUUAGAGAUAUUUUCCUCUGAGAUGGAUGGUCAUUGUUAUGCUUCUCAAGAAUGAUUUUUCUCUAUAUGGAUCAUGUAUCCCCUAUAAUAUCCAACUUGAUGCCUGUCUGAAUGCAUGACGUGAUGGCCUUCAAUGCUAACAUUCAUUAAUAAAGCUGUUGAAUUAUGAAGGUAAUCUCUAUGGCAAAAUCUCUGGUGACAUGGAGUGUUUUAUAUCUUAAAGGCUCUAUAUAUGCUAAGUAUCUAACUAAUGUCAGGCUUGUCAUUGCACUGUUUGAUAUAAGAUUGCUGUCUCCAUGGAUGCUUCUGGCAUAGAACGAUGCUGUAUUUUGCUUCUCUUAAUUGGAAGAUCUUCCAUUUGUAAUCUUAUUCAAUUUCAAAUUUUGUAGAAUCUUCAUUAAAAAAAAAAAAAGGGUAUAAUCUGAUAUGUAACAUAUAUGAGAUGUAAUAAUUAGAAGUUUUUGGACUGAACAGGAAGGAAUCAAAUUUAAAUUUUUAGACUCCUUUAUCUAGCACCUUUUUUCCCCCUGAAUGAGGCUUAUCUACUUCCUUGCCCAAACUCUGUAGGAAGAAAGUAGGAUGGCUUGCUGUUUUGUUUUGACAAGGCUUAAAAGAAAGAAUAUUCUACUAAGCUUAUUUGGUAUGUUAACCCAUAAUUUUGAUGUUCACAGUGAGCUAGUUUGGUAUGCAGAGCACAACCAAGAGGCAGACUGCUAGGACAAUGGAAGAAAUAUGGCCACAAUGAAUAUUAAGGUCAUUACUUACCACUGCAGUUUCCUGAAGGUCUCAUCUGACCGGUGCAGAAACUGUUGCUUCUCGUCUUCAUUUAGAUCUUUUGUAGACAGAAGCUGGACUUUCCAAGUACCUAAGUUGUUUUUUCUUGGAGUUAUGGUUCGAAAGGACGUACCUAUCCUCUUCAUUCUCGCUAUACAUUACGGUCAAAGAAAUUCUAGGAAGCCUUGAAAGCUAUUGGGUCGCUUGGGGCCUCCUGACGUUUCUUGCAUGGGAUUUAUUGGAACGAAAAGCUUCAUGUGAAUAAUGUGAGAUUUCCUAAAUUCUUUGAAUAAAAUGUCAUUGUUGCA